CCGCCCCCUGCCCCGCCCCGUCACGGGAUCCGGGAGCGCGCACGCGCGGCCAUCGGGAGCGCGCGCGGCCUUAAAGGGCCGACAAGGACCCUCAGUAGUAGCAGCAAACAGCAACAGCAACAACAACAACAACAACAACAACAACAACAACAACAACAACAACAACACAACAAAACAACACAACACACACCACCUUUAUUAAACCAGGACCAGCAACAGCAGCAGCCGGCCAUGGCCCUUCUCCGAGGUGUGUUCAUAGUGGCUGCCAAGCGCACGGCCUUCGGGGCUUAUGGAGGUUUGCUGAAGGAUUUUACAGCCACCGACUUAACCGAAUUCGCUGCUCGAGCUGCCUUGGCUGCUGGCAAAGUCGCUCCCGAAGCUAUUGACAGUGUGAUUGUUGGCAAUGUCAUGCAGAGUUCAUCAGAUGCUGCCUACCUUGCCAGACAUGUUGGUUUGCGUGUGGGAAUUCCAAAGGAAGUUCCAGCCCUCACUCUUAAUAGACUCUGUGGCUCUGGUUUCCAGUCCAUUAUCAGUGGAUGCCAGGAAAUCUGUACUAAAGAUGCUGAAGUCGUCCUUUGUGGAGGAACUGAAAGUAUGAGCCAGGGUCCCUUUGCUGUCAGAAAUGUGCGGUUUGGAACCAAGUUUGGAACUGACCUGAAGUUGGAAGACACGCUUUGGGCAGCCUUAACAGAUCAACAUAUUAAACUACCCAUGGCAAUCACUGCGGAGAAUCUUGCUGAGAAGCAUAAAAUAAGCAGAGAAGACUGUGACAGAUAUGCACUUCAAUCACAACAGAGAUGGAAAGCUGCUAACGAUGGGGGCUGUUUUACUAAUGAGAUGGUGCCAAUUGAAGUGAAAACAAAGAAAGGGAAACAGACCAUGCAAGUAGAUGAACAUGCCCGGCCCCAGACCACACUCGAGUCGUUAGCCAAGCUCCCUCCUGUCUUCAAGAAAGAUGGAACAGUCACCGCAGGAAAUGCUUCGGGCGUGUCAGAUGGAGCCGGAGCAGUAAUCAUAGCCAGUGAAGAUGCGGUAAAAAAGCACAACCUCACUCCACUGGCACAAAUUGUGAGCUACUUCACAGCUGGCUGUGACCCCUCUAUCAUGGGCAUUGGCCCUGUGCCAGCCAUCACUGGGGCUCUGAAGAAGGCAGGGCUGAGUCUCAAAGACCUGGAUUUGGUGGAGGUGAAUGAGGCCUUUGCUGCCCAGUAUCUGGCGGUUGAACAGAGUUUGGGCCUUGACCCAAGUAAAACAAAUGUGAAUGGAGGAGCCAUUGCACUGGGUCAUCCACUGGGAGGAUCCGGAUCAAGAAUCACUGCCCAUCUGGUUCACGAGUUAAGACGUCGUGGAGGAAAAUAUGCCAUGGGGUCAGCUUGCAUUGGAGGUGGCCAAGGCAUCGCACUCCUUAUUCAGAACACAGCCUGAGGAGAAGAAUAAGUCUUCUGUGUUCUCCCGUACCCCCUUAGCCUGCGAACAGCUUCUUGAAGAAAACCCAUGAGAAAAAUCAAAGGAGAACCACCGACCAGCCUGACAGCGGCCACGCUCUGCUAUGGCAGUGACAGGACGGCGGCCCAUGUGGGUGAAGUCGGUGUUCAUGGAUUCCAAGGUCAGGGAAACUUUAUACAUGCAAAGAAAGAGAUUGAUAAAAUUAUAGCUCUGAGUGUGAAGUAGCGGUACAGAAAGAACUUCAAAGAAAAUAACAUACCUGCCAAGCCUCUUCUGCCAACUUUGCCUUACUGUGCUGGGUCAUCCACAAAAGGUGCCUUAGCUCCCUGAUUCAGCCAGUCUUCUCUCGUUUUGGAAAUUACUUGUACAUUGCUGGAUGCCCCCUUGUAGUUCACUCAUUCCAAGAAUGAAAGCUGUCACUCAGCUCUGUCUCAUCACCUAAUAAAUUCUCAAAAGCCA